UAGUACAGUAAUAUUAUUAACCCCUUGCUUUCUUUGGUUUGCAUUGUAUCCUAUUGGCAUUUCUGAGAACUGCAGCGCUCGUGGCUCGACGACUUUUCGUAUUUUCCGCUGUUAACAAAAUGUAAAUAACGCAGGGCUGCGCACUUGCAGCGAAGCAGAUAAAAUGAAUGGAAAGAGUGGAAUGAGUUUCGCAACCUUGUGGGUUUAAAACGACAUCAAUUAGUGUAGUGAUAAGCUAGAUUUCGUUUUUACAAAACAAUAAUAAUAAUUGUAAGUCAUUUGUAUUUUUAUUUUUUUUUUUUUACCGAACCUGGAAGUCAAGGCAAGUAGAAUGAGACCAGUAGAUUUUUGUGAGAGGAGCCGCCUGUAAAGCAAAGGAGUUGGGCAUAGGCGAUAACCGAGUCCGAGGAUCGAGUGUGACAGCAGGCCCCCGGCGCUGCGCUCGGACGGGUCUACAUACAUAAACGUGUUUUGAAAUCCGAUUUAGAUUCAUACGAAAUGGCCGAGUGUGCGGCUCUUCAGUUUGUGAGCCCUUAUGCCUUCGAAGCAAUGCAGAAAGUGGAUGUGGUUCGGCUGGCUGCUCUGAGUGACCCUGAGCUGAGGCUGCUCCUGCCCUGCCUGGUUAGAAUGGCCCUGUGCGCUCCUGCGGACCAGAGCCAGGCCUGGGCCGAGGAUAAAAAACUGAUUCUGCGGCUCCUCUCGGGAGUGGAAGCUGUCAACUCCAUCGUCGCCCUGCUGUCCGUGGACUUCCACGCACUGGAACAGGACGCCAGAAAAGAACAGCAGCUCAGACACAAGCCUGGGGGAUCAAAUGGGGAGAGCAUCUUGGUAUCCCAGCUGCAGCACGGACUGACGUUGGAGUUUGAACACAGCGAUCCACUCAGGAGACUAAGGCUAGCACUCAGUGAAUUACUAGCCAUAAUGAACAAGGUAUCUGAUUCAAAUGGAGAGUUUUUCUUAAAGUCUUCAGAGCUUUUUGAAAGCACUGUCUAUCUAGAGGAAGUUGCAGAUGUCCUCUGUAUUUUACAAGCAGAACUGCCAUCACUGUUGCCAAUUGUAGACGUAGCUGAAGCCCUGCUGCAUGUUCGGAACGGCGAAUGGUUCCUCUGUCUUUCAGUAGCAAAUGUUCCUGACAGCUUCAAUGAAGUGUGCAGAGGUUUAAUAAAGAACGGAGAGCGUCAGGAUGAGGAAAGCGUGGGGGGUCGGCGCAGAACGGAGGCUCUUCGACAACUCUGUCAGAUGAACCCUUCACAGGCUCUGAGCGUCCGAGCCAUGGUGGUAGAAGAGUGCCACCUUCCUGGGCUUGGUGUGGCUUUGACAUUGGAUCACACCAAAUCUGAUACGGCAGAUGAUGCGGUGAGCAACCUGGUCUCGUUUGUCAGUGGUCUGCUCCUGGGAACCAAUGCCAAAGUGCGAACCUGGUUUGGAAUGUUUAUCCGAAAUGGUCAACAGAGAAAGAGAGAAAGCAGUUCAGUUCUCUGGCAAAUGAGACGGCAGCUGCUUCUGGAGCUAGUGGCCAUCCUUCCGAGGUCCAGAAGCACUCACGUCCCGAACGACAGCGAUUCCGAUCUGGAGCAGACAGUAGCCGGGUACUCUGGACUGAGAGAGGAACAUGUGGUGAAAGCCAGUGCUUUGCUGCGGCUGUACUGUGCACUGAUGGGGAUAGCUGGCCUCAGGCCUACAGACGAGGAGGCCGAGCAGCUCCUGCAGCUCAUAACAAGCCGCCCCCCGGCUACCCCGGCUGGCGUGCGCUUCGUGUCUCUCUCCUUCUGCAAGCUGCUGGCAUUCCCUACUCUCGUCAGCACACCAGAGCAGGAGCAGCUGAUGGUGAUGUGGCUGAGCUGGAUGAUUAAAGAAGAAGAAUAUUUUGAGAGUGCUGCAGGGGUAUCGGCUUCUUUUGGUGAGAUGCUGCUACUGGUUGCUAUGUAUUUCCAUAGCAACCAACUCAGUUCCAUCAUUGAGUUGGUCUGCUCUACUUUGGGGAUGAAGAUUGCUAUUAAAUCUAGCUCCCUGAGCAAAAUGAAGACUAUCUUUACACAGGAGAUUUUCACAGAACAGGUUGUGACGGCUCAUGCGGUACGAGUUCCUGUUACCAACAACCUGAAUGCCACCAUCACCGGAUUCCUUCCCAUUCACUGUAUCUAUCAGCUGCUGAGAAGCAGAGCUUUCACCAAGCAUAAAGUUUCCAUCAAGGACUGGAUUUACAAGCAGUUAUGCGAGACGUCCACCCCACUCCACACUCAGUUACUCCCCCUUAUUGAAGUUUAUAUCAACUCCAUUCUUACUCCUGCCUCCAAAGCUAGUCCCGAGGCCACCAACCAGCCAAUCACAGAGCAGGAAAUCCUCAAUGUGUUUCAGGGACUAACAGGGGGUGACAGCAGUCGAAUUCGUCUGCGAUACAAUAUCAUGUCCCAGCUUCUGGUACUCUAUUACGUCCUUUCGUAUGAGGAGGCAUUGAUGGUAAACACAAAGGCACUUGCUCUCAUGCAAAGGAAGCCUAAGUCAUACUCCGCUGCACUUAUGGACCAGAUUCCCAUUAAGUAUUUGAUCCGCCAAGCUCAGGGUCUUCAGCAAGAACUGGGGGGUCUCCACUCUGCUCUGCUGCGUCUUCUGGCUACAAACUACCCUCACUUGUGCAUGGUGGAAGACUGGAUAUGUGAGGAGGAGAUCACCGGUACAGUCUCACUCCUGAGGAGGAUGCUGCUGACUGGCACUGCCAAGAAAUACUCCCCAAAGCAGCUCCAAGAAGCAUUCCAGAUGGUCCCCUCCAAUAACACUCGUUUAAUGCAGAUCCUUGAACACCUGACCCUGCUGUCUGCCAGCGACCUGAUUCCCUAUGUGGAGGUGCUGAUGUCAAAUAUGAGCCGGCUCCUUAAUGUAGGGGUUUCAAGGAGAAUUUUCCAGACUGUCAAUAAGCUGUGGAUGGUACUUAACACUGUGAUGCCCAGAAGAUUGUGGGUGAUGACUGUCAAUGCACUCCAGCCCUCAAUAAAGUUGCUGCGGCAGCAGAAGUACACGCAGAAUGACCUGAUGAUCGACCCACUAAUUGUCCUGCGGUGUGAUCAGAGAAUCUACAGAUGCCCCCCUCUAAUGGACAUUACCUUGCAUAUGUUAAAUGGGUACCUACUGGCCUCCAAAGCCUAUCUGAAUGCUCACCUGAAGGAAACUGCAGACCAUGACAGCAAGCAGUCCCAGACCAUUUCCAACCUGGGUCUGAGUGGGCAAACAGAGGCUCCAGAGGUGACUCGAGAGGAACUCAAGAAUGCCUUGCUGGCUGCCCAGGACAGUGCAGCUGUACAGAUCUUGUUAGAAAUGUGCUUACCCACUGAAGAGGAGAAAGGCCAGGAUAUCACCACCGAGUCUCUGCUUAAGAGCAUUCAGCACCCUGCUUUGAAACAGGAGGACCCAGAUAGCUGCCAUGUGGGAGGAUCAGAAGAGAAGGAGGGCAGCUUGCUCAGCAACCUCCGAGAAGUCCAGUGUCUCAUCUGCUGUCUGCUGCACCAGAUGUUCAUCGCUGACCCUAACAUCGCUAAGCUUGUUCACUUCCAGGGAUACCCUCAGGAUCUUCUGCCCUUGACUGUGGCUGGCAUCCCAUCUAUGCACAUCUGCCUGGAUUUCAUUCCUGAACUCUUGGCACAACCGCAACUUGAAAAGCAGAUUUUUGCUAUCCAGCUCCUGUCCCACUUGUGUGCACAGUAUGCAUUGCCUAAAUCUCUCAGUGUGGCUCGCUUAGCCAUUAGUGUAAUGGGAACACUGCUUACAGUUCUUACACAGGACAAGAGAUUCUCUUUCUUCAUGCCCACCCUGCCCUGUUUGGUGUCGUUCUGCCAAGCCUUUCCCCCGCUCUACGAUGAUGUCACAGCCCUGCUGAUUCAGGUUGGGCAGGUCUGUGCCUCGGACGUGGCCGCCAAAGCAAGAGAUAUAGACCCCCUCAUCGCACGGUUCCAGCACUUGAAGGAAAAGCCGGAUAAAAUAGCAGGGAUUUCAAAAGCUUCCCUCCAGCAAAGGUUAGCUGGGGAGCUGGCAAGCAGAGACCCAGAUGUACAAUUGUGUUACCGCAUUGAAGCCACAUUCAUGGAGAUUAUUAACAUGACAGUUACUGGUGUAUAACUCGACUAUGUCAGACUUUUUAGCCUGGGACGACAUCCUACAGGCUUAAAAUGACCUGUUUUCAGCAAUGAACUACACUUUAAUGUAUUUUUUUGUUGUUGUACGACCGAUAACAGGCCUAGCCAAGCUGUUUAACAGGGAAACACAACUCAUAAAAACAGUCACCCUCCGUGAAAGCACACUUUAAUUUGGUAUAAGAGGUACAAGUAGUCCUUCACACACAGCCUUACAAAAAGCCACAUGAUUUGAUAUUCAGAAAUAAAAUUUCUUAUCUGGGUGGUAUAUAAGCUUAUUGUAAUACUCGGGUUAAUGUUCAAACCAUUAACUUUAUUAGGAAUUGAAUGUUGAAUUUUACACGAAGCCGAGAAAGAGGUCUACACGGGGAAAAGAGUAGACAGUCAUUACAAAAACCUGCAUAUUCCAUGUGAUAGUUACAGAAUGAUGCAUGGAUGCUUUUUGACGAAGGUAUUUUUUUCUAGCAGGUUUGAUUUUAUUCCUGCCUCUUUCUAUUUAAAGUUCUUCUCAGAGCAGCGGGGGAUAUACAUGUGUUUUGUAAAUUCUUAAUGGGCAUUUCACCCAUUCAGGUUCUAUGCUAUUGUGAUAGGUUGUGGAAGGUAUUGCAGCUACUGGUCUGUUUUCUGGACCACUACAAGCAACAACCUAUGAAGCUAUUUGCCACACUUGACUUUGAAAGAGAACUUUUGGGGAGUUCUGCAAUAUUUUCAAUGCAAGUACAUUAAUUGGGCAGGCAAGCUGGCUGGAAAUGUUGUGUGUGUUUUGAGUAGUCUUGCAUUUGCUGUAGAAUUUAGCUUUUUUCAACUUUUGUAAUAAAGUCUUUAAAACAUCUA